AAGCACAUUCGAUGGUCAGCUGGGAGGAUUUCCUUGAAAAAUAAAAAAAACAACAACAAAAAAUCCACAACACAGAAAACAAUACAGACAGGAGUGCAUAUAACAUUUCCAGAAGUAUAUAAAAACAUCAUUGAGUUCAGUCCAAAAGGUUUUUUAAAAAAAAAAAAAAAAAACUAUGGCACACAAGCGACACAAAAGUUGAACCGUUUCAGGGCCACCGACUGUCAGUCACAAGAAGAAGCACAGCUCCGGACUGCGUUCGUUUUCAAUGCCGAGCGGCUCCUUGCACAACAACAGACACACGGCUGAGCGCGACGGUUAGCGCAGGAGCGCAGCAACGGGGGGACGAACGAUCGCCAUCCAUCCUUUCGCGUACGCCUCGUAAUCGGGAAAAGCAGCGCCGCAUUCGAGUGGAACUAGCAUUCGCGCGCCCGGGCGGAAAAAAAGGCACAUAGGAAGAGGUGCAAGAAGAAACUUCCAUACUCGAUGACAUUACAUCGCAAUGUCCGAUCGCUUGGGGCAAAUAACGAAGUCCAAGGAUGGGAAAAACAAGUACUCCUCACUCAGCCUGUUUGAUAAGUACAAGGGAAAGUCAAUAGAAGUUCAGAAAUCUACAGUUGUCGCUCGACAUGGCCUGCAGAGUCUUGGCAAAGUGGUUCCCGCCCGGCGAAUGCCCCCUCCGGCUCACCUGCCGAGCCUGAAGUCUGAGAACAAAGGAAACGACCCCAACGUCAUUAUUGUGCCCAAGGACGGAACAGGAUGGGCAAACAAGCAGGAGCAACCCGAUCAAAAGAGUUCCGCUGCGUCAACAGUACAGCUGCCGGAGUCGCUGCCGCAGCUGGCUUUGCAGAAGUCUGUCUCCAGUCUCCAGAAGGUGCCGCUGGUGGUCAGCCCGGAGAGCACAAGUACAGCUGGACCAAAACAAUGGGCUCAGCUGAAUGGAAAGGCAGUAGAACAAGAUGGUUCAAGGGCCUUAAACCGACUGCAGCCCUUCUCUCACGAGGAAUUUCCAACGCUGAAGGCAGCUGGGGAACAGGACAAGGCCAGCAAGGAAAAAAGCGCCUUCGAUCUGUCGUAUGGGCCCGGACCAAGCCUCCGCCCCCAAAAUGUGACAAGCUGGAGGGAGGGUGGGGGAAGGAACCUGCACCCUACAACCUUGCCGUCCGCCGUUUCUGCCGAGCCAGAGGCCAAGGGCAGCGGACCAGCUGAGGCGCCGGCAGCACCAUCGGCACCCACUCCUGCUGCCCCCUCCGCCCCCUCCUGUUCUUCUGCAGCAGCUUCAACCCCAGUGGCAGAUACCAAGGAGCUUUCCCUCCGUCCUGCCCAGCCACUUCGCCGCAAUGUGCCCUCAGCCCUGCAGUAUCAGCACCACUCAACCACCACCUAUCACGAUAUGCUGCCUGCAUUUAUGUGCCCCAAAGAGUCCCGUGAUUCCCCUAUCACCUCAGAGCAUGGCUCUGGUACCACAGUGGCCCCAGCCCGCUUUGAGGUCCGGCCCUCCUUCAGGCAGACUUGCCCUGUUCCCGACCCUGUCAGCGGAGAUGCCAGGCGAGAGUAUCGGUAUGGCCGCCAGCCUGUCCGACCUUUGCCUCGUCCUGUGCGACGUCCUGGAGACCGAGCCCUACGCCCCGCCAUCAUCAACCCAGAGGAUCUGAAGGACCUGGAUGACCUGGAUAAUGACUGCGAGGAUGGCUGGGCAGGUCUUCAUGAGGAAGUGGAUUACAGUGAAAAACUCAAGUUCAGUGAUGAUGAAGAGGAUCAUUCUCCUAGUGAGAAAAAUAAGUGGGUAGAAUGGGAUCACCCUCGGGAACGCCAGUCUUCUCACAGCUCAGCAGAGGGAGGCUAUUCCCUAGAUGGGCCUGAGGAAGAGGUACACCACCACUGUCUGGACCUACUUCCUUCCAUGAAGGCCAGCAGCAGAUUUCCCUCUGCAGACAUGCAGAAGGCCACCACUGUGGGUACCUCUCACCGGGUGGAGCCUGUUGAAGACAAGGAAGAGGCAAUGCGACCAUCCCCCCGUGGGAAGUUUGCCUCUACAGAGCUGUCGGAAGCUGUGGAGCGUGCCCGGCGCCGUCGUGAGGAAGAGGAGCGGCGUGCCCGCCAGGAACGCCUGGCUGCCUGUGCUGAAAAGCUCAAGAGGCUGGAUGAGAAGUUUGGCAAGACAGAGAAACCAUCAAGGCCUGAUGGAGUCCUGAAGGACCCUGAGGACAGGGAGCAUCCACCCUCUCCAGCUAAGGACGCUGCUAAAGGCAUCCAGGAAAACUGGCAGAGCAAUACUAAAGAGGUGACAGAAGCACCCCCAGCAACAUAUUCUGCCCAAGACUCCAGAGAGGAUGAAACACCUGGCUCCAGCUACCAUGAUGAAAAUGAUGGGGCUAAUCCUACAUCACCCAUCUUGGACUAUGGAAAGUUCCAGAAGGCUCUUCCUCCUCGCUUCCAAAAGCAACAGGAGCAGGUGUACAAGGUCCAGCACUGGCAGCAGCAGUUAGGCCAGCCUGGCAGCGCCAAUCUCCCCCAGCGUGGAUUCUACCCUCCUCAUAUGUUGGGAUUUGACCCCCGAUGGAUGAUGAUGCCACCAUACAUGGACCCUCGAAUGGUGCAAGGAAGCUCCCCAGUGGAUUUCUACCCCACUGCCAUUCACACAUCAGGAAUGAUGAAGCCAACGAUCCAGCAGGACCAUCUGAACAGCCCAGGAUCUACCUCAGAUGAGGGUUGCCAUCCCGGCAUGCUCCAGGAAAGACGAGCCCCAUCCGCUGAGCCCUACCCUGUCUGGCGCCAGGACAGCUAUUCUCCUGCACCUCCCCGCAGCUUUACCCCACCUUAUCAACGAUUGCAUGAAGGCAAAGAUAUGAUCUAUCCUGAAGAUAGAUGUGAGAGAGAAGACUCCAAGCAGGAUACCUGUGGUGAUGGAGAAAAAGAAUAUUGUGACGUCUCAGCUGAACAGCCUGCUCACCUUGGGUACCGUCACAGUAGAUGGACAGAUGCAUCUCUUGGGUCCUCACCAAGGAAAGUGUCACAUGAGGAAGCCCUGCCUCCCGCUGGUCACAAGUGGCCCCAGUCUGGAGAGCCAGAAAAACCGGAAGCUAAGGAGGUAGUCUACAACAGACACCCCAAGGAUUCCCGGGAAGAAGACUUUACCUCUGGCAAAGAUAAGGGCUUUGAGCAUGAUGUCUGGAGGAGUGAGAGCCCAAAAAAGGAGGGCAGUAUCCAGUCACAGUGGUCUGACGCCAGUACCAGCAGUAUUAACCAGUCUUCUGAUUCCGCCGGGAGGGUUCUAACCAGGCGCAGUGGGCCCAUCAAGAAGCCAGUGCUGAAGGCUCUUAAAGUAGAAGACAAGGAGAAUGAAAAGCCUAAAGUGGAGCUGGAGGAGAAGCCUGUUCCUUAUAGGCUAGAGAAGGAGGUUGUCACCAAUGUUUAUGACCUAAAGAAAGACUCCAGCCAGUCAGUGGGUAACAGGUACUCUGCUGCUCCUCCUGUGGCCACACCUGAAGAGAAGCCUCUUACUUCCUGCAAAGUAGAGAAGGUGAGCAACUCUGCUGAAGAAGAGAGUAAUUGGGAUACUGGCAAGGGUCAGUCCAACGACACCCAGGAUGUUAGGGACUUGAUGGCCCCGCGCCGUAACAACUGGAUUUUCAUUGACGAGGAGCAGGCUUUUGGUGGGGGGAGAGUGGGCCGGGGAAGGGGCCGAGGUUUUCGCGAGUUCAGCUCCCGGGGUGCUGUUCGCGGAGGACGAGGUGGGCACAUCCCUAGAGGAGGUUAUGGUGUCAGCAGCAGUAGUCAGAGAAUGGGUCGUGGUGGCGGACCACGGGAAUUUGACAAACCUGAUGACAUGCAGAGGGGGAAGCCACGACGCCGGAACAUGAGCGAGACACUGAGCGAGGCUUCCGAGUAUGAGGAACUGCCAAAACGCCGGCGCCAGAAAGGCACAGAGAAUGGAGAGGCACCAUACUGUGAGUCUGGAGGUGUGAGAAAAUUUGUCGAUAAGGACUCCUGGAGGUCCAACAAGGUAUAUACAGACGACCAGGUUAGUGGCAGUGAGUUCCGUGACAAGGCCAAACCCUCCCGUGGUUUUGGACGCUCUCUUCCGCCGCGACUCUCUAAUGCUGGCUAUGGCCGAGGGUUUGGCUCCCGAGAGGCACCUUCUUGGAGAGGAAGAGGAGCCCAAUUUGGAGGUGGUCUGCUGCAGGAAAAUGGGUAUGCAUUUGACAUGUACACCAGAAGGGCGCUAGAUCGCGAGCCUCCAAAAUAUGGCCAAAAGUAUGCUGGUCUCUUCAUGGAGAAUAGAGGUGAGGACAGGGGAGGUGAGGGAGAGUACUAUCUGGAGAAUGACAACCCCGAUAACCGUCCCCUGAGGCGGCGGCGCCCUCCACGGCAAGACAAGCCCCCUCGUUUCCGUCGCCUGCGGCAGGAAAAGGAACUUGGGAGCCAGUGGAACAGUGAGGAACAUGUCAAUGGUGACUUUGGCAGUUCCUGGCCCAGCCGUUGCAGAGUUGGAGAGGACAGUGGGUCUGGUCACAACUCGAGUGGACGGGGCUACCAGGACCAGCCAGAGGACUGGGAGACUGGCUCCGAGAACAGUGACUUUGUUGACCGACGGGAAAAAGGCAGCGUGUCUUUCCAGGGUGAUGUUCCUUCAGACUCUGGACCCGGUGAGCUGGGCUCUGGAGAGAAGAGGGAGCUCUCUAAGCGAAGCUUCUCCAGCCAGCGCCCGCUAGUGGAUCGGCAGAAUCGCAAGGGGGAUCCUGUUGUAAUGGAUAACAACAAAAUGUCCCGGACUGCUGACACUGUAGCAGUAGCCUCAUCCAACAGGGGUGAUGCGUGGCAGAACGGAAUGUCUCCAAACAGCAAAAGGAGUUCUGAGGAGGCUGCUGGUUCCCUCUAUGGUGUGGAGCAAUGUGAGGAUAGCCCCCAGGGAAUGCUGAGUGACUCUGCUGGGAAGAAAGGAGAGAAGGACCUAAAAACUGGUGUUCUGAAAGGCGAGAAAGUAGAUCCAACAUCUCAGUAUGAGCUAAACGGCUACCCACUGGAGGGUGAUGCAUCAGCAUCAGUGCCUGGUCAGGAGGCUUUCCCGGACGCACUGUCAAAAAAGCAGCGCCGGCCUUUGGAGGAUGAACGCAGGAAGAAGGAUCAGGGCUCACCGGUGCCUGUGAAGAACAGAACGGUGGCGUCAAAGAUGCCUCCUCGCUUUGCUAAGAAGCAGAGCAGCCUCUCUAUGGAACAGUCGGAGGAGAUGCUCUCUGCCAGCAACCUGGGCACUGAGAUCUGGGAAGCCAGCAGCGCAGCUCUCACUGUACAGUCUUCAGCUGGAGAUUCCUGGACCAAGCCUGUUUCCUACCCUGCUGGUGAAACAAACUCUGAGGUGUUUAAGGGGAGUCAGGCCGACAGUGGCAUUGACCUCAGCGCUGAGUCUCGGGGUUCCUCUGCCAACUCUUCCCAAAGAAGUUCCCCUUACAGCACCCUCAAGCCAGACGAAGUGACCGGGUCCCCCACACCAGAACCUAUUCACCUGCCAUCCCAGCAGAAGGAUUCCGAUGCUGGCCCAGAGCAGAACAAGGAGCAUAAGCCAGGACCAAUCGGCAAUGAACGCUCACUCAAACACCGCAAGGGCUCUGAAGCCCUGGAUCGCCUAGAGGGCCCUGUGGCCCCUGUCAAUGGUGUGGACCUCCACGUGGACAGCGUCCUCCCAGUGCCACCCAUUGAAUUCGGCGUGAGCCCCAAGGAUUCAGACUUCAGUCUGCCUUCUGGUCCUGCUGCAGGGCCCCCGUCCGGGCAGACUGCCAAACUGCAAGACUCGCUGGCCGGAAACGCGGCCCUUACUCAGGGCGUUCCCAUGCUCCGCAGAGAGCACCUUCAGCCGGGUAUAAGUCUGAACCCAAUCUCCUUCCCCAGUGCUGAUCUUACUCUUAAGAUGGAGUCUGCACGCAAGGCAUGGGAAAACUCCCAGUCCCUGCCAGAGCAGGGGUCCCCUGUGGGGGGUGGCUGUGGGGGUCAACCUGCCUGUAGUGUAGGUUCAUCCAGUGGUGUCAGCUACAGUUCCUUUGGUGGGGUCUCCAUGCCCCCUAUGCCUGUGGCGUCGGUGGCCCCCUCCGUCUCCAUGCAAGGAAGCCAUAUUCCCCCUCUGUACUUGGAUGGGCAUGUCUUCCCCAGCCAGCCCCGCCUGGUGCCCCCAACAAUGACGCAGCAGCAGAGCUACCAGCAGGCGGCUGCUGCCCAGCAGAUCCCAAUCUCUCUCCACACCUCUCUCCAGGCCCAGGCCCAGCUGGGACUCCGGGGGGGCUUGCCUGUCUCCCAGUCUCAGGAGAUGUUCAGCUCCAUCCAGCCAUUCAGGUCGCAAGUCUACAUGCAUCCCAACUUGUCUCAGCCCAGUCCCAUGGUGCUCUCAGGCGGAGCCCCCCUCAAGGGACCAUACUCUGCCUUUCCGGGCAUGCAGCCCUCAGACAUGGUCAAGCCUCAGUCAGGUUCUCACUACCAGCCAAUGAACGGCAGCCAACCCUUGGUCUAUGAUGGGCAGAUGAAUCAAGCACCAGGCAUGGGCACCUCCCAGCUCUUGGAUUCCCAGCUCAUCCAGGUGACCAUGCCGUUGCCGGGCUCCCAACUGCGAUAUGGCUCAGCACAGCAGCACCUCAUCCUCCCCCAGUCCAUUCAGCUCCAGCAAGGGCAGAACCUGCCUGUAGGUGGCCCUCGCAGGAUUAUCACCCCAGGCUCACAGCCACCUGUUAUAGCAGGAAGUAGGGAGACAUCCCAGAUGGAGUUGAAAGGCUUUCAGUUUACUGAGAAGCCAAACCACUCGGCGAACAUGUCGGGAGGCUCCUACAGGCCUGGAUCGGCUAGCCCCAGCGGGAAGCCCUCAGGUCCAGCUGGCCCAAGUGCUGUGGCCCCUCUCCCUGCACACUACACUCAACAGGUACCUCCACCACAAGGCAGCAUGGUGAUGCAUAUGCGUCCCCAGGCUGCAGGUCCCUUUCCCAACCCAAUCCAACGGCCCGUCAUGCAAGUCAACAAGACUGUAAUCAUCCGCUCUCCAGUGUACCCUAGUCCUGGGCAUGAGCCACCCCCUGCCACCUCCCCAGCCAGCUCAGACUCAUCCUCCAAAGGACAAGAGGAUGGCAUGAAGACCAAGGCCCCGCGGGACGUUCGCGCAGCUGUGGGUGAUGGAAAGACCUCAUCAGGGGGGCUGUCAAGCAAGCUGCAGGAACCCCUGCCCUCGGGGGAAAUGAAACCUGUCCGCACCGGAGCCAUCAAGCCACAGUCUGUCAAGGUGGAGGGAGAAGUGUAAUGUCCACCAGAGGCAGUUACAGGCCCGAUGCUGCAGUUGUCAUGCUGAGACUCACCACGAACCCCCCCCCCCCCCCUCCUCCUCCCCCCCCCCCCCCCCGCCACCUGCAUGGUGUUCGCCCAGCCAGUUGCUGGAAAGGGAAGGAGUGGCACACCUUUUCCACAGUUCAAAACCAGACACUGUUACUGAACAUGGCAUUGAAAUAUCCUGAGUAGAAACACGGUAGUUCGGGGACACACUUUAAGCUGAAUUUUCGGUUUUUCUUUAUUUAUUGACGUUUUAUGUCUGUUUCAAGAAACUAAUAACAGUAAAGAAUUUAGAUGUCCAGUGAUGUUUUCCAUCAAGGGGUAAAGAAACAGAUGAUGAGGUCCUUGAUGGUGAAGCUGGCUGCUUUUUUCCUGUCCUUUUCCCUCCUUGCCAAACUAUCCUGAUGGUCUGGACUUGGCUGUCUGAACGAAGAAAUUCGCAACAAGCUCGUCUCAAUGCCUGCUAAUGAACUCUGCACCAGUGUGUUUCUCCCCACCUUGUCAUUCUCCUUUGGUGUUACAGCUGAUACUUGUGGAGUUUUAACCUUUUUUAUUCUGGUCCAUGAUUUACAUUAAAGGACUCAUUUUAUUCAAUAAAAGCCUUCAAACCUUAAAUUUUGGGGAUAUCUGUUCUGUAAAAACAAUGCAGAAAAGCAAAAAUGCAGCAUUUCACAGAAAACCCCCAUUUUGUGGUUUGUGUUCCAAGCUGUACUGAACUGUCGCCGGAUAGCAGCAAGCGGGUUGGGUGGGGGGGUAGUGUUUCCUUUGAGAUGCCUUGUUUGUGUUCCGUAAACACGAAGCAUUAUGAAAUACUGUGGUUUUGUUUUGAGGCUUCACGCGGGUGGAUGCAGUGUUUGCAUGUGAUGUAGUAAUCCCACAUUUUAUGAGGCAAAGGCCUGUUCCGGUGCAUUUCACUGUUCUGAGAGUGUUAUGUGUAAAGGUGAUGUUUGGGUGGAGAGUGCUUUGCGACCAAAUUGCAUGGGGGAGGACUCAUGACGAAGAUGGACUUUCUCCUGUUUUUGGUUGCAGUUACUAACUGAAAUGCAGCAUAUUAAAUGUUACAUGAAGCAGUUAUAUUUGAGCCUUGUGACUGAAGGGCUCAUUGAUGCCCCCUACUUAUUUAAUUUUUGUUUUUGGUUCUUCAACUUAAAUACUCAGCAAAAUUGUUUACCAUUGCAACAUGUAAACAUCUGCAUCGGUUAACGAUUCCCUUGUUAAUGGUAGCAAUAAAUGCAGCCAAUUGUAUGGUAAUUGGGUGAAUUUUUUUUUUUUUUCUCCCCUCACCCCUCUAUGAUACUGGGAAGAUUAAAUGCUAUCAGUUCUUGGGCAGGGAAAGGUGCUCAGUUAGAAAAAAUGGAUUUGACCAACUGAGUUUAUAAUGAAAUAUGGUGUGGCUGUCUUGCUUUUGAAUAUAUGGAAAUAUUCCCUCUGUCUUUUCUGUACUGCUUUUAAAAUGUUACUGCUUAUGAACACAUUACUAAACACUAGACAUGUUUAGACCGAUUCUAUUUUUAAUGUCAGUGUUUCACUGAUAUACAUGCAUAUAUGUUAAGAUGCUGUGCUGGAGAUGGCGCAGAAGGCAUAUACUUGAUUUAUAUUGUAUUUAAUAAAAGGUAAAAUGAG